UACAGAAAUAACUUUCAGUAAAUCUUUCUGGGGAAAUAGGCCACAGUCCUGCUGCCUGAAUCUUGAGGAAAAGUUGAAAUGUCUUGAAGGUGUAAUUAAGGGGAAAGUGAAAACCUCCCAGCAUUCUGUAAUCAAAAGGGUGAGAGGGUGGGAGGAGGGGUUUGCAGGAGAGAACUCGCUAAGCUUAAGAACAGAGGAAGUGAAGUGAGUGUUGUGUUUGAUGGAGAAGUGCUGGUGACAAAGAAUCCUCUGGCCCCAGAGGGCCUCUCCGUGCCUCCCCUCCUUCCCCAGACAGGUUGCUUGAAAUUAACCUGCCCCCUCCCCAGCCUGAUGUCUAGCUCCACACACCUGCGCCCUCGGUGAGAUCGGUCUGACAGUCAUCACUUUUUCGAAGAACCUGUAAUUGAGCUGUAGUCUGAGUAACUUGAGCAAACAUCCCCGUGGUGGUGUCGGCUGCUUACUUCCUGGCUGCCACGUCUCCCGGAGGGGAAAUAAAAGGAGCAGAGGUGAAUCCCACUGCAAAGGACCACAAGGCAAUGCCCGGACAAGGGAAUUGGAGUGAUCUGGGUGAUUCUAAGUGAAUCAGUCAGGGAGGACUUCUUGGAGGAGGUGGCCCCAAACUGAGGACGGCCUUUCCCCCGGCUCAUUACGCCCUCUCCCUUCUGGGAUCGGCUGAGGACCCAAGGAGUGGCUGCUACAACCUAUCGAGCUAUUUCCAGGGUCGGGCGCAGCACUCGGAGCUGACCCGGCCAGGGCCCCCUUUGGGUCCUGAGGAUGCGGCUUUUCCGCAGACGCCACAUGCCCCUGCGCCUGGCCAUGGUGGGCAGUGCCUUCGUGCUCUUCGUCUUCAUUCUGCACAGGGAUGUGAGCAGCACAGAACAGGCCACCGAGAAACCAUGGCUGAAGUCCUUGGUGAGCCAGAAAGAUCACGUGCUGGACCUCAUGCUGGGGGCCGUGAACAACCUUCGAGAUUCGAUGCCCAAGCUCCAGAUCAGGGCUCCCGAGCCCCAGGAGACGCCCAUCUCCACAAACCAGUCCUGCCUGCCUGGGUUCUACACUCUGGCUGAGCUGAAGCCCUUCUGGGAACGGCCACCCCAGGAUCCCAAUAGCCCCGGGGCAGAUGGGAAAGCAUUUCAGAAGGACAAGUGGACCCGCCUGGAGACCCAGGAAAAGGAAGAAGGCUAUAAGAAGCACUGUUUCAAUGCCUUUGCCAGUGACCGGAUUUCCCUGCAGAGGGCCCUGGGGCCAGACACCCGACCCCCUGAAUGUGUCGACCAGAAGUUCCACCGCUGCCCUCCACUGCCCACCACCAGCGUCAUCAUUGUGUUUCACAACGAGGCCUGGUCCACACUGCUGCGAACUGUGUACAGUGUGCUACACACUGCCCCUGCCAUCCUGCUGAAGGAGAUCAUACUGGUGGAUGACGCCAGCACUGAUGACUACUUGAAGGAGCAACUGGAGCAAUACGUGAAGAAGAUGCAGGUCGUGAGGGUUGUGCGGCAGGAGGAGCGGAAGGGCUUGAUCACUGCCCGGCUGCUGGGGGCCAGCGUGGCCCAGGCGGAGGUGCUCACCUUCCUGGACGCCCACUGUGAGUGCUUCCACGGCUGGCUGGAGCCCCUCCUGGCUCGCAUUGCUGAGGAGGAGACGGCGGUGGUGAGCCCAGACAUCGUCACCAUCGACCUGAACACUUUUGAGUUCUCCAAGCCCGUCCCGAGGGGCAGAGUCCACAGCCGCGGCAACUUUGACUGGAGUCUGACCUUUGGCUGGGAGGCUCUCCCCGCCCAUGAGAAGCAGAGGCGCAAAGAUGAGACCUACCCCAUCAAAUCCCCGACGUUUGCUGGCGGCCUCUUCUCCAUCUCCAAGUCCUACUUUGAGCACAUCGGUACCUAUGAUAAUCAGAUGGAGAUCUGGGGAGGGGAGAACGUGGAAAUGUCCUUCCGGGUGUGGCAGUGCGGGGGCCAGCUGGAGAUCAUCCCUUGCUCUGUGGUGGGCCACGUGUUCCGUACCAAGAGCCCUCACACCUUCCCCAAGGGCAUCAGCGUCAUUGCUCGCAACCAGGUGCGCCUGGCUGAGGUCUGGAUGGAUAGCUACAAGGAGAUUUUCUACCGGAGAAAUAUGCAGGCAGCGAAGAUGGCCCAAGAGAAAUCCUUCGGGGACAUUUCGGAACGACUGAAGCUGAGGGAACAACUACAUUGUCACAACUUUUCCUGGUUCCUGAACAACAUCUACCCAGAGAUGUUUGUUCCCGACCUGAAGCCUACCUUCUACGGAGCUAUCCAGAACCUCGGCACCAAUCAGUGUCUGGAUGUGGGUGAGAACAACCACGGGGGGAAGCCCCUCAUCAUGUACACCUGCCACGGCCUGGGUGGCAAUCAGUACUUUGAGUACACAACCCAGAGGGACCUUCGCCACAACAUUGCGAAGCAGCUGUGUCUACACGCCGGUGCUGGCACCCUGGGCCUGAGGAGCUGUCACUUCACUGGCAAAAACAGCCAAGUCCCCAAGGAUGAGGAAUGGGAACUGACCCAGGACCGGCUAAUCAGGAACUUGGGAUCUGGUACCUGCCUGACAUCUGAGGACAAAAAGCCAGCCAUGGCCCCUUGCAACCCCAGUGACCCCCACCAGCACUGGCUCUUCAACUAAGUCCUCAAUCACCCCCAUUGGGGUUCCCAUGGGGAUCCAAGCCUCUCAGGAAAUAGGAUUUUGGGGAACCUGAUAUUUGAGAACCUGUUGAUCAGCUUCUCUGUAGGCCUUAAAGAUGGAUUUCUAAACCCAAUGGAUAUCAAGGCAGGAUCUUUCUACUCCUUGCAACGACGCAGGGCCCGUUUUCCGUCCUCCACGUUGAUGAAAGAAACCACUGGAACAUAUGAUACUAGCUCUAGAGCUUACCUCCUGUUCUUGAAACAGAGUUUCAAGCACAAGGCAACUUGGGUAGGCCCCAAGGCAGCAAUGCUGAAUUCCAGAAAAAUACCUCUGCAGCCACGUCCUGAGUCCCUGGUCGUUUGGGCACCCACAGAACUAGUGAGGCAGUACCUUCGAACAGAGAGACUACAGAUCUACAAGAGUCUCCCUGCUGAUAUUGCCUGAAAUUACUAGAGCCAAUUAGUUUACAGAAAGCACCCUGACAGAAAUCCUUUAUCUUCUUUCGUCUGCACAGUAACCCUGUGAGAAAGACAGGCCGGGAACCACCAGGCCCAUUUUACAGAUAAGAAAGCAGAGGCAGAGAGAGGAAAAGGGGCUUGUCUGUAGUCCCACAGCUAGUGGAUGGCGGGAGCCAAGACUGAGACUUGAUUUCGAAUGCUGAACCAGCCCUCCUGCCACCACACCACAAGAACACUAAACACCUAGCCAUCAGCCUUCCCAUUCUCUCCCCCCUCCGUGCUGAUCACUACUGGCUGGCCGGCCUCUGCAGAGCCUAGAACAGCAGCAUCAGGUAGCCAUGAGGGAGACCACAGUUGGGGAUCCUGGGUUGUAGUCUGAAAGCAAGCUCAUGCAAACAGUGAGUCUCAGGCCUCAGUCCCAGAAGCCUUUUUCCAAUGCCCCAUAUAUAACGUAGGUGAAAAGCCCACUGGUGGUGGGCAAAGUUGAGGUCAAAUGAAGACAGAGUUCAACAGCCCCUGAACCCCUAAAGGUCUGUGAGCACCAUUUGAAACUGUUGCUUUAGUCCAACCCUCUUGUUUUCGUAUCGUAAACCCGAGGCCAGAUGACUAAUUUGUCCAACACCACACAGCAAGGUAUUGGCAACCUGAGACCAGAACUCAGAUGAGACUAGCAAGAGCCCUGGGCAGUCUGAGGCGGCGGAGACCGUGUAGAGAAUAGAGCAUGACCGUGGAAAUGGCCUCAUCUGCUGUGCCCACAUGGAGUCCCCACAUGGCGCAGACCCGACAUGCGCAUCAGCUCUUCUCCAAGCUAGAUGGACCCCAUCACGCCUGGCCGCUUUGCCUGAACUAGAGAGCCCAGCUGCCCAAAGGAGGUGUCCCAUUCCUUCCAGAAGGACUUUUGGCAGCAGGCUGUCAUCUCGAACAUCACCACAUGAUGGCGCUGUGGGACCACAGCCUCCUCUCCCCGCACAAGUCCGUAAAUUCCUUCAGAGCCUUCAGGACCCUGUAGGGGAAACAUUCUGGGGUAGCCCAGACAGGGAGAGGAGAGAGUGGCCAGGAUACGGCCAGGGGUGGGGAAAGGAAAGGAGAAAUUCUUUCCUGGAAAGAAAAUUGGACCUGAGAUCCCAGCGAAAAUAAAGGUCUUAUGGCAUUG